AUGAAUGAGAAUGUUUAUAGUCAGUGUCUCAACAAGACCGAAAUUCUGCAGGAAUCUGCCGUAUUACCGCAAACUCGUUUCCGGGACAUCAAUCGGAAUCUGCAAGCAUUGGAUCUUGACAAUUCCAGGCGCUUCAAUCCAUUCAUGGCAGCUUUUGGAGUGCGAGUGAGCUCGACACCACUCACUGUUGAAGGCCAUCGUCGGGGUGCGCCACAAGUUAUAUAUUCCGAUGCGGGAGGCAGAGGUGGCAUCAUCAACAUCGAUUCAAGAAAUGUAAGUAACUUGUGUUGGUUUCGGUGCCGCUGCUUUGGAGCUGUAUGCAGCUGGAGAAGUGAAAAAUUUAAAUUUUGCAGGCGAACUGGCGGAUGA